UCUGACUGGUAUAUAUUGGCUGUUUAGGGUGAUGUACAUUUACUGUUGAUGAGUGUAGAAGUGAUGAUUAAUGCUGGAUUCUAGAUAGAUUUGAUGCUGAUGUGGCUCAGAAUGGCUCCUGCUCUUCAUCUGAUCUUUCUGCUCAUCAUUCACAGGGUUUCUGCUGCUGGUUGGGGUGUGAAUUACAGUCCUUCACAAAUCUGUGCACUACAGAACUCAACAAUGACAAUCAGCUGCAAUUUUACAUACCCGACUACUGGAUAUCAGAUCAUGAAAGUGUUCUGGAACAAAGACCAAGAAAAAUAUGAUGGAGAAAACUUUGCAGAUCUGUCUAAUAACUUUGAAUACAGUCAGAGGCUUCAGUAUCUGGGAGAUAAACAGCAGAACUGCACCGUCAGACUGAGUCAUGUGACAAAGAAAGAUGAACAUGACUAUUAUUUCAGAUUUAUUACUAAUGUAACUGGUGGGAGACUUAUUGGUAUUCCAGGAGUGGUUCUCUCUGUCACAGAUCUUCAGCUGGAGUCUCCUGAGAGAGUGACAGAGGGAGAUUCAGUCCGUCUGACAUGUAGAAGCAGCUGUAAACUGACUGACACACCAACAUUCAUCUGGUACAGAAACUCACACACAUUGACUAAUAUUGGAGAUGAACUCAACAUCAGCUCAGUCAGUAGAACAGAAGCAGGACACUACAGCUGUGGUGUGCAGGGACAAACCUACAUCUCUCCUGCUGUUUAUCUUAAUGUCAGAUAUGCUCCAGAUACUCCUGUGAUCUCCAAUAGAUCUGCUGUAAUAAUGGAGGGAGAUUCAGUGACUCUAAACUGCAGCAGCGACUCAAACCCUCCUGCAGAAAUCAACUGGUAUAAAGCAAAUACAUAUCUGAAUUCUGGAGGAAUCUUCAACAUCUCCAAGAUCAGCUCUGGUUACAGUGGAGAAUACAAGUGUAGAGCCAGAAAUGACCAUGGAGAGAAAUACUCUGAUCCUGUGACUUUAGAUGUCCAGUACCCACCCAGGAACAUCUCAGUGUCUAUGAACAGAUCUGCUGUAAUAAUGUCUGGAGAUUCAGUGACUCUGAGCUGCAGCAGCGACUCAAACCCUCCUGCAGAAAUCAACUGGUAUAAAGGAGAAACAUCUGUAAGAUCUGGAAGAAUCUUCAACAUCUCCAAGAUCAGCUCUGAUGACAGUGGAGAAUACAAGUGUAGAUACAAAAAUAAGUAUGGAGAGAAAUACUCUGAUCCUGUGACUUUAGAUGUCCAAUAUCCUCCCAGGAGCGUCUCAGUGUCCGUCACUGAUUCUGGUCAGCUUUUUUCUGAUUCAGUGAGUCUGAUGUGCAUCAGUGACUCAAACCCUCCUGCUCUGAGCUUCAACUGGUUUAAGGAGAAUCAAAGCUCAGCUGUUGGAUCUGGACAGAGUUUCAGUGCAGUACAGAGUGGACGCUUCUACUGUGAGGCUCACAAUCCACAUGGAGCUCAGAGAUCAGACGCCGUCACUGUCACUGUUCAUGAACAUGCUGAGAGAAACAUCAUCAUCACAGCGACAUCUGUAGGAGUAUUAAUCAUCUUCAUCAUUAUCAUCGUCAUCAUCGUCCUGUUUAUUAUAAAGAAACAAAGGAGUGCUAAAUCUGAAGGUCUCAUAGUGACGCAGAAUGAUCUGUAUUCUGAUGUGCCACAGAAAACUCAAGUUUACGACAAUCCAGUUUGUGACCCUGGAUUAGCCGAUGAAACUCCGUAUGAAACUGUGAAUCCCAGAAUAAGUGCUGAAUGCAGAGAUGCUGAGGAGAUCCAGUACGCCACUGUCCAAUAUCACAAAAACACACCGAAGAAGAAAGAAGAGGAGGAGCAGCGUCAGUGUGACAACACACCAGUUCAGCAGCCUGAUCAAGACCACAGGCAAGAAAAUGUGGAAACUGUGGAGGAGUCUGUGAUUUACAGCAUGCUCAAAUGAGUGUCCAUGGGAAAUUAAUGAAUAAUAGUUGUGGUUUCAGAUUAGUUUAAUGAUACUAUGUGGAUUUAUGUUAUUAUUGAGCUUGUCUGAGUGUGAUCUGUUAAAUGUUGUCUAUAGUUUACAAUAAUAUCUGGAUGCAGCCUUUAUGAUGCAAGCUGAGAUGUCGGACACACUGCACUCAAUGGAGCUAGUGAUGUCACUGUUAUGGGUGGGGUUAGGUGAGUCCAUUAAAAAGCAGGUUUGCUCCCGGAGCCUUCUCGUAGUUUAACAUUACUUUCAGUCUAAGUUUGAGUAGCUUAGAAACCUAAACAACUCUGAGGAUGAUAGAGAAAUAUAACCACAUUCUGAUUAUGCUAAAUAACAAUUAGCCUAUGCUAACUUUAUGCAGCUAAAGAAUCAUUUACUCUAGUAAAACUGUCAGCUUUUAACUGUUUAACACUUCUUAUAUUGGAAGUUUGUUGUAUCUGUGAGAUAAUUUCCUCUUUAUAUGUUCACUAAUUCAAAAAUGGGUCAAUAAA